CACAGAGGAAAAUAAUUUGUCGAAGAUAAAAUAAAAUUCCAAUUUUAUAGAGUUGUUGUUGUAGUUGUAGCAAUUUCAUUGUCGGUUUUAUUUUUUAUCCCUUAGUAUUUAUUUUCUCUGUUAUAUCAAGUAAUAAACACAAACCGGAUUAUGGAAGAAUUUAUCGAAGUUAAUGAGAUAUCUGAUUUUAUCUCUUACAUCCGCAGUAUUGAGUGGCGUGAUCCGUGGCUCAUUGCACUGCUUUCAUUUCACAUCUUAGUAACACUCACAUGUUUCACAACUAGAAAUUAUGGGAAUUUCCAAAUAUUGCUCUUCAUAAUACUUUUACUACUGGUAUAUUUCUCGGAGAGUAUAAACGAGGUUGCAGCCAGAAACUGGGCGUUGUUUUCAAGACAACAAUACUUUGAUAGUAAAGGACUGUUCAUAUCAAUCGUUUUCUCCAUUCCUUUACUCCUGAACUGCAUGUUAAUGGUGGGUUCGUGGCUCUACCAAUCGACGCAGAUAAUGACAAAUCUGAAGAAAGCACAGCUCCGGCAGCGUUUGAAAGAGAUCAACAUGAACCGAGAACAGCUGAACCAUCUCAAGUCUGAAUAAGAACGACGAGUCAAUUAUAUUGUAGGUAAAUUAUAUUUUUGCUAUUGCCAUGAGAAUGAUAGGUUGGAUGUUGUGUGUGUUAUGUAACUCGCACGACAUUUCCUUGUAUGAUUUUGCAAGGAUUUUGCUUAUCAUUGUGUGAUUUUUUAAAAUAAUAACGCGGGUUAUAGAAAAAUCUUUGUGCGUGUUGGAAAUCAUAUUGCCUUUGAGGUUAUUAGAUUGAAAAUAAAAAGUGAAAUGUUAAUAGAAACAAGUCUGUGGGCCUCUCUUGCCUUUAUUAAUACAAUCUUUAUUCUUAUCAAUUUAAAACAAUACACUCUAACCAUAUUUGCCUUUUUAUGAAUCUCCUGUCAAAAAAGGUUUCAUUGUCAGAUGUUAUCAAAAUAUUUUAACAUUAUGACACGUCCAUGAUUAUGACUUUAAUAUUUUACCAAUGGAGAGUCUUAUAAGAUAUUUAUGUUAUAAAAAUCAAUUCUAGUUCUAAUUUAAUUUUAUUUCAUAACAUCACGAAUUUACGUUUUGUUUUCUUGUAUAUAACUUAAUGAUAUGAUGCUUAACUUUAAAUAUAUGCUAUAAAUUUAUGCAUAAUUCUAUUUCUUAAUCAUUUUUAAACGUUGUAAGAUAUUAUUAAUGCAUUUAUACUUUACUUUAACAUAACGAAUAUGUCAACGAAGAUUUUCUGUGCAUUUUAUUGCAUAUACUUAUUAUUUCCGCAGGCCUGAUAUUAUUUUUAUAUUCCAACGUACUUUUAGUGUAAGAUUCAUGAUUUCAAAUUUUAAUUACAGCGUCUAAUGUCAAUUUCAAAAACUUGUUCGACAAACUCUAAAGAGUGUUGGGUAAAAUUAUAUUGUUUUUUAUUUUUUGUAAUAGAUUUCUCAUCUUCAGAGCUAGGCACUUGUUGAUAUUUUUGUUUUAAACAUAAUUCUGCCUUAUAUUAGCACUACUUUGCACUUUGUUUAUCGUGUGUAUUUUUAUCAGCUUCAGAAUGGUUAAUAGUUAAUGACCUUAGAAGUACUUAAGUACUUACUUUGUGCGCCUGUAAAGUUUAAGUAACUAUUAUUUCAUGAUUAUCAUGACCAAGUUUUUCAACAAAAUUAGUAUGUACGUUUGACAUUUACAUUAGUGAACAUUAUUUCAAUCGCUGAUAAAAAAUGGCGCGGCUCAAUUAAUACACUAAUUUAAAAUUUUAUGUUUUGUAUUACAAUUCUAUAAUGGAUUGCAAGUUGCCAUGUGUUGUUAGUAAUGUCAAAGUCAGCUGAUAUAAUCACUGGUAUAAGUAAAUUUUAAACCUUUAUUUUUACUAUGUUAGAAUUAUAUGCAUUUAGCAUGUAUAUUAUUAUGUAUUUGGUACAAAUGGACGUCAAAAGCGGGUAGUUAGUUAAAGGAAUACCACCAGUUAGGUAGCCAUCCUUAAACAUAUAGAAAUACCCUAUAACCUUUUAUAAACUAUAGAAAAAUGUCCAACGUUAUGGUUUAAAAUAUUUGUCACAAUUACAUCUAAAACACAAGUAAUAAAUUUAAUUAAAAAAUAUACUAUACAAACAAGUUAGUUGUAAGAGAGCUUACAGCGAGUUUUGAUGACUUCAACGGGUAAAGCUCACAUUUAAAUGAACAUAAUUUGUUGUUUGGUAUAAGACUUCGCACACGGCUCGUAUAAGCGCAGACAUUUCGAUAACGUACGAGAAUACACCGUGCAUGUAUAUGUCCAAAGCAUCGCAUACGACGUUAAUCAUUCGUGAUACGAUUUUUGACGUCCUUUGAUUAAUACUUUUAGGGUAUUUGUGAUACAUGGUGCAAUUAUUUUGGCUAGGGGUUUCGGUAUAUGUUACAGAAUUUAGGAUACAAAGUUCCAUUUUAAAUAGUUAAUGUACAUUUUUAUUUUGCGACAUUGUACUUUGUGGCAUUGCUAUAUAAAUAUAAGUAUGGCUAAAGGGAUUAAUGCGUACAGAGCGAAAGAAACGAUUGAAAUGUAUUAUUGUUUUGAGAAUUCGCUAGGAUAAUAGUAUUUGUACGAGCUUGUAAAAAGAGACAGGUGUUGUUUGUCUCUAACUAUUAUAUUACCAAAUGUAUUGUACCCAUUGUAUGGGAGGCCAGUUGUAGCCAGACUGCAUAACUACUAAGUUUUAUCUGACCCUGCGCCUCUGUGUUUCGUGGUUGAGGACUUACUUAAACAGUCAAGCUAAAGUUGCUAGUUUGUUAUCUUGGAUAAAUACAUCUUUCCUCCUCAAUUUACCCUUAUUCGUACCUUGUAUGUUUACCUUGAGAAACCUGUCUUGCUGGUGAGAAACACUAUAUUUUUUCUUUAAAUUCUUCUCACUCUAUUUCUUUAGAUCUUUUUUCAAAAGUGUAUGGGAAGGUGUUCCCCGAUGUUAUAAAUAUUAUUACAAUAGUCAAUCAAUUGUAUGUAGUUUUUUCUGCUUCAAUAUUGACAAUAACACUUAUUAUAUUUCUGUUUAUAAUUUUGUAAAAAUAUAUUUGUAGAUUUAUCACUGGUGUAAAUAAAAUAUCAUAUGUGCCUGAUUUUUCACUUCAAUCGCUAAAAUAAUAGAAUACUAUUAUCGAUUAUAUUUUUAUAAAUGAUAUCAAAUAGGUUUUAGAGGUUUUGUCACCUAUUUGUGCCCUAACUUUUUUAGAUGAAAGCUCGCAAGUGUUCAACAUAAUAGACAGUAUUAGUAAAAUUGUUUUUGGAUAACAUGCUCCACUGAGAAACAUUCCAUUUUCAAUUAUGCGCUUUCAAUAAAAUAAUAACAAUUUAAAUUCUCAAAAACAUAAAGUCUGUGACUAGUUAUGAUUUACGAGUUAUGAUUUAUGUACGAGCAUUGCACGAACAUGCAACGAAAAGGCCACUCGAAUUUAUUUUUAUUGGUCAUAUAAAAUCGAUAUUGUGAAAUCGUACUAAUUAUCUACCUAUACCACUUUUAGUCGCGAUGGUAUUGUACAAAAUAUUUGAAUUAAAUUAGAUCUUACAUUUUCUGUUACUAGGAUCGCUAGACACAUAAAAAGUAAUAUUUUGUAGCUCUUUAAAAUACAGCCAUUUAGUCAUAUUUCUUAGCCUAGUGUCACCAUGAUUUAGAGAACCUAGUUUAGAAAUUUUAUUCACCAUACAAAAAUUUUAGUUCCCAGUAUUUUAUUUUAUAUUGUGUGAAAAUUGUGUACCUAUUUUUUUUUAUCAAUACGUUAUUAUGUGCCUAUUAGAUGUUGUUAAAACGUGUAUAAAUAGAAAUUCACCAAAGUGGCAUUGAUUUUCAAUUAUACAAAUACUUACCUAAUCUUUAAUCCCACAAAAUGUAUGCACCUGUAGACUUUCUGAAUCUAAGUAUAUCCUAUUCUACUUUUUAAAAUCAUCAUUCAAUAUAAUUUCUAUGUGCAAACUUCUUGUUUAUGUAAAUAGUAUUUAAAAGGGAUACAUUGUCUGCAGAUCGAAGACAGCUGGUGUAAUUUUUGGUUUUAUUGAAAUUACCAUUUAUAUUUGACAUUUAAUAGGUUCAGCCGGUUGUGGGCUUAUUAGAAAAAAAAUCUUAUAAUAUAAGUUAAUAGCGUCCGCAGCGUAACGAUAUAUUUAGACCGCAAAUUCAAUAAAACAGGUGUUUACGCAAGAUACGGUUUUGUCCAUUUUUGUCGCACUCAAGAUGUGUGAGUGAGACGGGGAAUGCGACGUAACGCAGCGGUCGCCCUAUAUAAUGCCAGUAACCUUACUUUUAGUUAUGUGUAACGAUGAUAUGAUAAAUCUACUGCAUAAUACUUAGUUCUUUCGGCAAAAUUACGUUAAUUAUUGUUGAUCAUAUGCAUUGUUUGUUAGUAAAUUAAAACUUUUAAUAUUUUUUAAAUAUUUAAUUGUUAUGAUUUUAGAUGUGACUUUAAUUUGAAUGUGGAACUACUUAUUAAUAAAUCGAUUAUCCACACGUUAUCAUUUAUAUUUUCAAUACAAAAUAAAUCACUCUGAGCGUAAUUAGUGUAGGUAUUAUAUAAUUAAAUCGUCGUCCACAAUUUGUUAAAUGUUUGAUUGGACAUAAUGUUGUUAUAUUGUAAGGGAACGUGUUGCUAUUGGCGCAUAUAUGUACACUUUCGGCGAGAGCCGAGCAGGAAGAAAUAAUAUAAUAUUUAACUUCAUAUCGUGACUUUCGUAUAGUCGACUAGUAUUUAAUCUCUUAUAUGGUAAACGUGCUACGUUAAAUGGUAAAAUCGUUGAACUGAGAAUUUGUUGAAAUUUUGGCACCAGUGAAUUUAUCAAAAAAACAAACAAAAUCUUUUUUGAAAAGCUAACAUUUAGCGGCAAAUUCACUCGCGAUUAAACUUUGCAAAAUAUAACUUGAGUCCUGUGACAGAUGUCAUAGAAUAUGAAAAUAAUACAUCCGUCUUUGUCACUCUCUUUUCGAAUGUAUAGGGCCAUCCUGCUGUCAUAUGACUCAAGUUAUGUAUAAAGUAUAGUCGCCAUUUGUUGCCAAUUAAUAUUUUGACAUGAGCGCAGCGAGAGUGUAGGUACAUGCCGUUCAAUAGUAGAAGGAAGACUGAGUUGUGUAAUGUGAUUAAAAAUAGAGUCACUAUGAAUAAGAUUACAAGCAUAGAUACUUAUUUAGUUUUAUCAUCACUAUGUUUUAAGUUUUUUUUUUAUUUUUGUCUACCUGUGGAAGCAAUUUUAAGUUCAAAACUCAUUGCUUUAUCCAUUUACCUACUAAUCCUAUGCCUAAUAUUGAUAUAAGUUUAAUUAAUGUUGGUUUACGGAUGCUUAAAAAUAAAGGAAUUGAUUGAA